CGACAAGCCAAGUACACAACCAUGGAUUUCUUCACUCUGUACAUGCUUCUCUCCCUUUUCGUUCUUGUCUAUGUUCUUUCGGACUUCAUCGCUCUUCUCAUUCGCCAGCAACUCUCCCCGCUUUCAAAACUCAAGGGACCGCCAUGCCCCUCGUUCUUCAUGGGUCAUCUGGCCGAAAUGGCUGAGCAGGAAAACAACGACCUUCUUGCUCGAUGGCAGGAGUCCUAUGGGCCGAGCUUCGUGUAUCGAGGGUUCAUUGGAGGUCGCAGGCUGAUGACUACCGACCCUGUGGCGAUCGCCCAUAUUCUCGGAAACGCUUACGACUACCCGAAACCCGACUUUGUGCGUGAGAGCCUGGCAACCAUGGCAGCGGGUCAUGACGGCCUGCUGACGGUUGAAGGUGAAACCCAUCGAAGACAACGCCGGAUUCUGACUCCGGCAUUCUCCGCCUCCCAUAUCAAGUCGCUGACCCCCGUGUUUUGGGACAAGGCCAUCAAGCUGCGUGAUAUCUGGCUUUCCGAGGCCGAAGCCGGCGCAACGGACAGCGAUUACACCGGGUUUACGCGUAUCGAUGCUCUGAAAUGGCUCGGACGCGCAACAUUGGACGCCAUGGGAAUUGCUGGCAAGCCGCUGAUGGUGGAAUGACUUGUGCUGACUGGCUUCGCAGGGUUUGGAUACCACUUCGACUCAUUGAUCAAUGACGACAACGAGCUGGCCAAAGCGUUUGCCGUGAUAUUCUCCACUGCGCGCAAGUUCCGCGUGAUGACCAUCCUGCAAGUGUGGUUCCCAUUCUUGCGCAGAUUUCGCCGCAAUUCGAAUGUGAUGAAAGAUGCACAGGCUACAAUGCGGAGAAUUGGACUCGGACUUAUCGAAGAGAGAGUCCAGGACAAAGACACGUUGGGACGAGAUAUACUGAGUAUCCUUGUGCGGUCGAAUGCCGGAGCGUCAGCAUCGUCCGAGAGCAUGUCAGCGGAGGAGGUGCUUUGCCAAAUCUCCACUUUCAUCGCAGCGGGUCACGAGACGACGGCUUCUGCCCUGACAUGGUGCCUUUAUGCACUGAUCCAGAACCCCGAUAUCCAACUCAAAUUGCGGGAAGAACUGGGAAGCGUGGAGAAACGGCUGCGACAGACGAAUCCCGGGCUGUCGGAUACAGAUGCAGAGCCAUUGUUGACCGAGCAGCUGGCCAAAUGCCAGUAUCUGGAUUGGUUCAUUCGUGAGGCGCUAAGAUUGCAUGCCCCGAUAACAAGUACAAUGCGAGUCUGUAUGCGGGACGAGGAUGUUGUUCCUGUCAGUGACACCGACGAGGUCGGCUUCUGUGCAGGGAACCGACCAGCAGGCAUCCGCCUCAAGAAGAUGGAUAUUAUCACAAUUCCCAUUCAAGCCAUUAACAAAAGCAAGAACCUCUGGGGCGACGACGCCCUGCUGUUCAGACCCGAACGCUGGGCGCAGGUUCCUGGAAAGGCAAAGGCGAUUCCGGGGUUGUACUCCAGCAUUCUGACUUUCCUCAACGGCAAUCCCGUGGACGGGAACCGGGCUUGUAUUGGCUACAAAUUCGCUUUGCUCGAGAUGAAGAUAUUUCUUUACGCUCUGGUCAAGGACAUUGAGUUCCGUGCAGUGCCGUCGUUAGUGAUCGAGAAGAAAAUCAACGUCGUCACUCGCCCGUUUGUCAAAUCAGAGCCGGGGCUGAAUAACCAGCUGCCGGUGCUUAUUCGACGAGCGGUUCCGCUGGAUACAUACAUGACGCCGUAACCGUGCAGCUUUCUGAGGAGAAGCGAGUGAAGCCUGGUGCGGGUCCGCGGUGCAUGACAAUAUGUCCUUUUCUGUCUGCUUCCGCGCUGGGAAACAAGCUUUCGUGCUGUAAGCGUUGCCGGCGAGAGUGGGCGCGCGCAAAUUUCGGACGCGCAGACCUUAAUUCAGGAGGGGGUGACAUAAGAUACUGCCGGCGGCCAUUCGGCGUGGGAAGGGCCCAUUGGCGAACCGGCGGCUCGCUGGGGUUAGGACCGCCGCGGAGGGCUGGGCAGUCAUCUGCAUUCAGUCAGUCGCCGCACUCGAGGAACAGGGCCCAAUCAUAUCAAGAUUGAUCAAUGCUUGCAUGUGCAGAAAUGAGUAUCAUAGUGUUCGAAUCCUCUGCUUCGGGGUCCCAGGCCCGGCGACGGAUCCAGCCCAGCCACUUUCUUUCGCCAGGGGCUGCUGCUCACCGGCGGCGGAAUCGGACGACCCUUGGCGCUAUCGUAAAAUAAUAGUGAAAUACAGAAUAAUUAUUAGUGGGGAUAUCGAUAUCAAGUACAAUUGAUUCAGAGCGAUGCAAGAGAUCUAGCAAGCAGAGGGUAUCAUGUUACACACGAGCAGGUACAUUCAGGCAAAACAGGCAGCAGCGACAAAGAUGCGGGAAUAAAUAAUGCGCAGGACACGAGACCACUAUGUAGCGUCCAUAACAGCGCACGACAGAUUUUGGUGGGCACGCCAGUUUCUUCGACGCAAGUGCACCCGAGACCGACGAUGCUUCCCGCAGGACGAACAAAGUGACCGGGUAAGGAAUCGAGCAAGGGGUCUCGACGAACUUGCCCGAUCAGCAGUGGUGAUCAUCACCACACAGAGAGAACCGCUUAUUGCGGGGUCCCAUAUCCACUGCCCGGCGCCGAGUCAUGUCCGUUGGCCCCAGGACUGUGCCCCGGAUUGGGGCUCCCCCCCGGUCCCGCUGGCGGCGGCGGCCCAUCAAAGUAAGCACCACCACCACCACCACCACGACCUUCCUCCCUUGGGCUGGGCAGGUGAUACCCUGGCGGCGGCGAGAAUGGGUUCCCUGGCCCAGCCAUGCUCGCUGGGGCGCUGAGCGGGACCCCGUACGCAUUGCCAGUCCCAGGGCCGCCCGCAUACAUCGGGGGUCUAGGGCCAUAGUCUAGCCCGACGCCCGGUCCCAUGCGUAGCGGCGGCCCACGGUACCCCAUAUCGUGCCCGUGCGGAUAGGCCGAAUGUGGUGGGCCGUGAUGUGGGUGGUGGGGAUGAUGCGGAUGGGCAGAAGGAAGGGACUGCAGGGUCAUCGGAUGGUAGAGCUGGAGACUAUCUGCGCUGGGGAGCGAGGCGCGGCGCGCGUCCAUGAGUCCGUUGAGCGAUGCACUGCGACCGGCGGGAGAUGGAUAUGGUGCGGUGGUAGUUGGGCUAGCCGCAGCGCGAUGAGCGGGCGCAAGGAUACGUCGACGAGCCUGCAGAUGAGUGUCAGUGAUGGAGAUAAAACAAGGGACGACGGCGUUUGGAGUGACAGGUGUGAUUAAUGAAGGAAGGUUGGGGCGGGAGAGCAGCGACGACGAGGACGAAGACUCACGUUGAUCAUCCAAUUCGACACUUGGGACAUGCUGAGGCCCGUGGCAUGGCACAGCUGCUUUUUCUCCUCCUCGGACGGGUACGGAUGGUCGGAAUGACGAUGAAGCCAAGACUUCAAGAAGUCGGUGGUCUCCUUGGGAAGUUUACCACGCUUGCGAGUGGGGCGGUCGACGGAAGCAGGGCCGCCCUGUGGGGAUCGGGAACCGGAGUUGAGCGUCGGGGCCGGUGGCAUGGAGGGAUAGCCAGAGAGAGGGUAUUCUGGCUGGGGGAACCAUUCACCUUUUAUACCCGACGACAGCGACCUGCGAUCUGCAAGAUGAUGGCCCGAAAUACGAGCCGAGUGUGCGAACAUCUGACCGCUAAAUGAAGAAUGGCGUAACCCGUCCUCAUAUUUGACGGCCGGACUUUGAGACAUUUGACCCGGGGUUGAGCUCGGCCGGACAAUCCCAGAUGGGGAUGUGGUCCAGUGGUCGCUCUCGUUGUAGGGCGACAAAUGCGCCGAAUACGAAGUCGUAGAGGAGGCCGCCGACGCCCCAGGCGUCGUCCCAGAGGGAUAGCCGUUGUCAUAGUCGAAUCGUAGAUCCGUUGACACGGACGGACGCACCAGUCCCCGCUCUUGCCCGGACUCAGAAUUGUUUGGGGGGAACGUGUAAGACGACAGGGACGACGGGGCGUAGACUGGCUGUCGCAGCUGGGACGCAGGGUAUGGCUGGUGGCGCACAUUCGAGCUGAGCGUCGGGAGCGAUGCGCGUCGUUCAGGGCGGUAUGAGUCUUCGAAUGUCGUAAAAAUCGACGGGAGGGAGACUUUCGAUUGCUCGUGCUCGCCCUCAGCCCCGUCGACAUCCCAGUGCUGACUCCGCGAUGGCGGGGACUGGGUGGGCUUCUCUGAAAGGGACAGAGAGCUCGACUCGGUGUCUGCAGAAGCAGCAGAAGUGGACAUGCGACGGGUGUCGUAGUCGGGGACG